CUUUUUUAUUGUUAAUUCUUGAAACUUUCCCAUGAUCAUUGAGUUUGGCGCCUAAACUUGUUUUGUUAAAAAAUUAUAACCAAGUCAACUGGAAAAAUAAUGCAAUUUGAACAUCGAAAUAAACGUUUACGAUUAUUGGCUGAAAAUGGUGGUCAAAAAUCAAAUCCAUAUCCGUAUUGGAUUAAUUUCUAUACUACACCACCGGAUUAUAAAGUUUCAUUACAAGAAAUCGAAGAUAUGGUCUCUGAACGUCUGAAAAUUCUUGCUGUCUUUGAUAAUCUAUUACGAAUUAAGGAAAAAUCUCGUGCCCUUUUCGAUGCGAUAAAUUCACAGAUCUGCAGUAUCAAAUGUGAAAAUAAUGAAAAGAAUUUUUAUGUGGCAGGCCGUAGUGAAUCGAUUGGCAAUCGAUUUGAAGCUCGUAAACGUGAUCACAUUUCACACUUUCUUUUGCGCAUUUACUAUUGUCAAAAUGAGGAGCUUCGUCGUUGGUUCAUUUCAAGAGAAUCAGAAUUGUUGAGAAUUCGAUUCAUUGAAUCAAGUUUUUCGGAUGCUUCAUCAUUGGAAGAAUGUUUACUCUACUAUGGAUACAAAUAUGAAAUUGUUUCGAUGGUCGACAAUCAUGAUUUAUUUCAUAAAGUUGAUUGGGCUGAAUAUAAUCGCCGAAAUCAACAGCAAAUUGCAUUCAAAUUGAAAUUCGAAGAAGCAUUCGAUUUGAUGAGAUUUCGUAAAGUGUAUCUACACGAUGGUUAUGCCUAUAUCGGAUCAAACGAAAUUAUCUCUGUUCUAUGUCAAGGUUUUAAAACCAAUUUGUCCAGAGAAUUGACACGAAUGCAUUCAUAUUUCUAUUCGUUUGGUGAAGAGCGAUUAAUUUGGCGUUUAGAAUCGUUGCAUCAUCAUUACAUAUUAAAUGCUAAAUCAUCGAAUCGAAAUAAUAGCCAAGAUAACGAUAAUGGCCGUGAACGUAUCCAUUUGAAUGAGAUAAAUGAAUUAUCUCGUAAUAUGUUUCCACCGUGUAUGCGUUCAAUACAUGAUAGAUUACGUCGUGAUCAUCAUCUUAAACAUUAUGGUCGCCUUUAUUAUGGUUUAUAUUUGAAAGCAGCUGGCUUAUCAAUGGAUGAUUCGAUGGAAUUUUUUCGUAAUGAAUUGUCUAUAACGAAUCCGGAAAAAUUUCAAAAAGAAUAUUCUUAUACGAUACGUUACAUUUAUGGAAAAGCUGGUAAACGUGUACAAUUGAGUGCCUAUAAAUGUCACAAGAUUAUUAAUGACAAUGCACCUGGCCCUAACGAUACACAUGGUUGUCCGUUUCGACAUUUUGAUGUUAAAAAUUUAAAGGCUCUCUUAGUUCGUUAUGGUGUGAAUAAUGAUAAUGAUCUGGAAGAAAUUGUACAAAAAGUAACGGAAGAUAAAAACUAUACAGGUGCUUGUGGCAAAUAUUUUUCCAUAAAAUAUGGGCAAGAUCUUCCUGAUCAAUCGGUUUAUCAUCCAAAUCAAUUUUUUAUUGCAGCACGUCGAGCAAUAAAUAAUCCUGUCCAAUGCACAACUGAUGUAGUAGAUACGAGCCUUCCACAAGAACCGAAUGUAUCGACUUUAUAAAUGAUUUAAAAAAAAGAAAAAUAAAAUCGAUUUUAAUAAAAUGAUGUUUUUUAAAAAUUA